AUGUCAUCUCCCUCCAUCUCCCCAGAUGAGGAGUUCCGGGGGAUGUUCCGGAGCCCCCCGCCCCACACCAUGCGCCAGGCCCCCCAGCUCCCGAGGAAGGAGCCACCCCCAUUCUGCGAUUGGAGGAAGGCGGGGGCUGUGACUGCCGUGAAGGACCAGGGCAAAAAGUGCCGCUCCUGCUGGGCCUUCGCUGCUGUGGCCAAUAUCGAGUCCCUCUGGAACAUCCACUUCCACCAGCCCCGGAACCUCUCGGUGCAAGAGGUGUUGGACUGCAGCUGGUGCGGAGCGGGGUGCAAAGGGGGCUACGUGUGGGACGCCUUCACUACGGUGUUACACAAGGGUGGUCUGACCAGCGAGGAUGCCUAUCCCUACACAGGGAGACAGGAGACAUGCGACAGUCUCAAUGAGCCGGCUGCCUAUAUCCAGGGCUUCCAGACACUACCUGGAGAUGAAGUGGAAAUAGCUGCACACGUUGCAAGCAAGGGCCCAAUCACAGUUACCCUGAACUCAGCUGUCAUGAAGCAUUAUAAAAAGGGAAUCUCCCAGCCCUUGGUGAAGAGCUGUAGUCCAGACCAGGUGGAUCAUGUUGGCCUGCUGGUUGGCUACGGGCAUGUGAAGAAAAGUCAGUACUGGGUCAUCAAGAACUCCUGGGGGGAAGGCUGGGGAGAGAAGGGCUAUUACCGUCUCUCUUGCGGCAGUAACGCCUGCGGCAUCACCACGUUCCCUGUAACAGCCACCGUCCACCGCGUUGGGGCUCCGGGACAUAACGUCCUCUGCCCGCCCUGAAGGGGGUGCUGCUGCUGCCGAGAGCCUGCUGACUCCCUGCCAAGACCCCUGCCACCGCCAAGACAGAACUAACUGGGGCCACGGGCCUUCCCUGGGUGAUGCGGGGAAUGAAUUUGAUACUCAGAGUGCUCUAGCUCCAUCCCCACAGGUACCCAGAGCUGGGCUCGGCCCUUUCAGCAACACUGCCUCCAGGCGAAUGCUCCUUCCCUUUGCUGCAUCAGGGAAAGGGGCCAUGAAACUGCCAUUAAACUGCUUUUAUGUGCUGUGCGUGGCCCCUUUGAUGGGGGGAGGUUGUUUAAUUGUUAACCCGAGUGUACCACCCGACUCCCCCCAUGCUACGCACUCCACACACCAGCACCCUUGGUACAGCAACGGUGCUGGCUUUAUUGGGAUGCUACGAUCACAGCUAAGGGGGUUUCCAGGUGCUGCCCCAAGGCCAUGAUGGGGGAGAAACAGCCCUUUCCCCAGCAGCUCUUAAUUCCAAACUCCCCCAACCCCCUCUGAUGUAAGGAGCUGGCCUGAUCCCAGACAACUCAGCUGGGUUUGCACCCUAGGUGGCGGGGGGAGGGGGGACGGCAGCCCCGACACCCCCCUCUACAUGGUCCCAAGUCAGCAGUGUGCACCCUAGGGCAGCUGGUGGUUUACUGCACAGCAGGGGGCCUUGGCUCCCAGUCCUGGCUCUGAUCCAGUGAGGGCUCCUAUGGGAUCUACUGCAACUCUGGUCUCUAUCGCCCCCCAGAAGCGGUUCAGGCAGCAACUAGGCCCUCACUCACUGGCAUGUUGAUAUGGGCAGUCAGCAAGGGCAUGCUCUGGCUCUCCCGCAAUACAA